UCGAUUACUUUUGUACCUGUUCAGCGUCCCAAAACAAGCAGGUGAGACUUCCGGUGCCUGGUACUUCCGUGUUCAAAAUGGCGGUGGCCUGAAUCAGUGUGACCAGUGACAAAUAUACUCCUGGAUUUUUCGCCUUCCUUCGGUGCAGCGUAAGAUCUGAUUUUUUGUGGGCUUCUCGGCGACAAACUCCCAGCCAUCAUGCCGUCGGCAUCGAUGUACGCGAGCCCUUACACUUAUAAGGAGCCACCACGGAGAAUCAACUACCCGCCAUUAUUUUCUUCCCUCAACAACCUGACGUUCAGGUACAUCUUUGACUCGAAGAUUCUGGCUCUGUCAGCUCUACUUUUGCUGGUGUCCUUCAUUGUGAUCACUCUGAUGGCCAUUAUGCCAUUCUGGUUUGAGCUGGUUCUGAGCCAGCAGGAUGGUACAUUUGGCCAAAUGCAGGAAAAGCCGGGGAUUACCAUAAACACGGGCAUUUUCUUCAUGAGAGAGGAUCACUUUGACAACCUCAUCUUUCUGAACAAGUUCAGCAACGAGGAUGUUGUUCCAAAAACUCUUGCCUUUGCUCAAGUGUGCUCAAUCAUCGGGAACUGUAUCAUUACAUGCUGCCUGGUGGCCACGCUGAUCCUGGUGUUUCGAAGGUUUGGCUCCGCCACUGGCACGAUAAUGCUGGCUGGGGCCGCAACUGUGGGAGCAUUGUUUCAGAUUCUUGCAGUUGUCUUCUGCGGAGUUCUGCUUUUACAAAGCAACUGUGAGCCAAGUGAUCAAACUGACGAGAACGGUGUCCGCACCGCCAGCUCGGACUGUGACUACACAGAGAACCAGGUGUGGCGUAUGAUCCCCAUGUACACGCAGCUGUACCGUGUCGAGCCGCACCUCACGCCGUACGUCAAACCAAACUGGGCGUUUUACAUCGCUGCACUCGGAGCCUUGCUGUGUGUUGCCUCUGCCGUGAUGCUCUGGCUCGAAGCCAUAACAACUGGCAAAAGUUUGAAGGGUAUUCGAUACCAGCAGAUGAGACAAGUCAGAGAUCCCCACGAGAAUGACAUUGCUCCCACUGGUGGAAGAAAGUUUGUCUACGCAGCACCUCAGAACUAUGGGCCAGGAUCCUAUGGAAUGCAGCCUGUGAUGGCAGCAUCGGGACCGUACCAGACAAGGCCCAUGUACGCCCCACCACAUCCGCCCGCGAUUGGGUUCGGUGGUCCCCCUCAGACCAUCGGCUUCCAUCCCGGAAUGAGCCGACGACCUGAGUCUGAGAGUGGCUCCAGUGGAGUUGUGACAAGAGAGAUUGAUUUGUAGACGACGCAAUGAGCAGCACCUCUAAAUGUGACAUGACAUUUUCUUUUACAAAAGAGUUCCAUCACAGACGUCAGUAAUUUUUUUUUUUUAAGAUGAUAAAGUCUAACUCAAAAUUACCAUUGUUUUAUGGAUAUCCCUCGCUUCCGUCAGUUUUCUUACAAAAGAGUUCCAUCACAGCCAUUGUUUUUUAAAAGAAAAAAGAUGUUUCUGUUUUAGAUUAGGAGUUUUUCUUCUGAAUCCACACAACUCAUUGAUUCAAAAGGAAAUGCGGUACGGGGGACAUAUAUCAGGCUUUAAGUAAGAGACACUUUUCCAAAAUCAGACUUGAAAAAUCUGGGUUUUGGUUUUUUUAACAUUUACUCCAAAUCAAUUCUUUGUGUCAUGGGUUAGUCAUGAUGAUGUGGUGUAAAUGUGGAAAGCAGAUGGUUGGUACUCGCAUGAGAUAAGUGUUUUUCUCCUUUUUAGAUCAUUACAUUUCAACCUAAUGCCCAAAGUGGGCGAGUAGCAGUCAUGUUGUUUUAGUAAAUUGUCUUGUGCAUUUAUGGUAUGCCAUUUUUUAUAAAGAUAAUAGUAAUAAUAUAUAACAUUCCAGUUGAUUAAGUUUACAGUAAUCAAUGCUUUUUUUAAAAACUUUGAUAAUAACCUGCUGGAAAAAACUUACUGUACAACUACCUUUCCAGUUUUUAAAAAAUUGAAAAAAGAGUGCACAGGUUAGUAAUUUUGUAUAUGUACUAAAAUGUUAGAAUAUUUUUCAGACACAGAAACAAAAGGCUUAUGUUUGCGUGUAAAGAAAUUAUUUGUGCGUCAUUAGUUCUCUGUGGUCUUUCUGUGUAAUUCUGAUGACUACCUGACAAGGUGCCUUUCUUGUACAAAGCAAGCUUCAAAUAGCAGCCUCAUUAUUGUAUAUUAUAUUUCAUAUCAUCACUGGUUUUUUAAGUAUGGAUAGAAGCUAAAAAUUAUAUUAAUAAAUAGCAUUUGUAUAGCGCAAGUUCUUGCUGAACAGCAACCCCUGUGCGCUGCUUUACAAUCUUUAUUAAUAUCCCAAAAGUACUGAGCGCAUUGUGCAAAGAGUAUCUGUCCUUUUAUAGUAGAUAAUAGAAUAUAUAUAAAAAAUGCCUUUUAUUGUUGACCAAGAAGUUUUGAAACAUAUUUUAUUCCCUCAAAUCAUUAAAAAAAUAUAUUGGACUCAUGCAUUAUUUCGUCAUGCUUAUAUGAAUUGGUCUUUACCCUGUUGUUUCAGCCAUCAAACAUUCCUUUUGAUGUAUUCAUAUUAAAAACAACAUUCCAUCUUUCCUUUAAUUGAAAGGGUUGUGUACACAAGUGUUUCACAGGCUCACAUAAAAACAACAUUCCUUCUUUCCUGCAUACUUUCGGUGAAAUAGUUUUGUACAUACAUAAAUGUUCAUUCAUUUUUUUACAAUAAAAAUAUAAUACCCUUA